AAACCCCUCACUACGUUUACCAUGCCCCCCAGGCAGAAGAAUCAGAAUGCCUCAGGUCUAGGGCGUGCGAUCAUCAAUAAGAAGGUCAAGGAUGCUCGUGAACAACAGGAAUCGGGGUUGUAUACCACUGAUUUAGAUCCGACAAGCCGUCUCAAGUCCGUCACCCAAGAAAAAGAUUUGGAUGAAUUCUUAAAUACUGCUCAACUUGCAGGAACUGAGUUUACAGCGGAACGCCGAAAUGUCAAGAUCAUACAGUCUGCAGCCGCCACUGCCCACAACCCGUAUCUACUCUCUGAGCAGGAGGAACAAUCGGUACUGCGCAAACACCGCGAGAACAAGCAACGACUUCGUGUCCCUCGGAGACCGCCUUGGACCAAGAAGAUGACAGCUGCCCAGCUGGACAGACAGGAGAAGGACGCGUUCUUGGAAUGGCGCAGGGGCCUGGCUCAUUUACAGGACGAGGACCAGUUCCUCCUCACUCCAUUUGAGCGCAAUAUCGAAGUGUGGAGACAGCUUUGGCGCGUGUUGGAACGGUCACAGCUCGUCGUCCAGAUCGUGGACGCUCGGAAUCCACUGCGGUUCCGUUGUGAAGAUUUAGAGACGUAUGUGAAAGACAUCGAAGGACCGGAGGGAGAGGAGGGGACGGGAGCGGGAGCGGGAGCGGGAAAACGGAGGAGCCUUCUGUUGCUGAACAAGGCUGACCUAUUGACGGUGGAUCAAAGACGAGGCUGGGCAGAUUUCUUCGAUCAACAAGGCGUACAGUACGCUUUCUUCUCUGCCGCAAACGCGGCUGCUCUCCAGCGGGCUCGUCAGGAGGCUCUCUUGCGAGAAGAGGAAGAGAGGGUGCAGGUCGAGUCCAAUGCCGAUGAGGGAUCAGACUCCGGUGAUGCUGAUGUCAGCGAUGAGUCGGACAGCGAGUCGGCGAAUCGCAAGGGGCCUAACAAUGAUUACCCAGAGUCCGAUGAUGAGUCCUCGGACGAUGACCACUUCUAUCUGUCACUGAAAGAUGACAAUACUGUUGAUCAAGAUCCUCGGACAAGAGUUUUAUCUGUGCUUGAGCUCGAGGACUUGUUCACUAGCUCUGCACCACCAUUAACAGAUUUUCUCGACCCGUCAGAUGAGCGAGCCAGUAAACUCACAAUAGGCCUGGUCGGUUAUCCCAACGUUGGCAAGUCUAGCACAAUCAAUGCUCUCCUCGGCGAGAAGAAAGUUAGCGUCUCUUCAACACCAGGAAAAACAAAACAUUUCCAGACGAUACACCUGUCACCUACGAUGGUACUUUGUGACUGUCCUGGUCUCGUGUUUCCCCAGUUUGCGACAACGAAAGCUGCCCUUGUUUGUGAUGGUGUCCUGCCGAUUGAUCAAAUGAGAGAAUAUUCCGGCCCAAUUUCUCUUGUCGUGAAGCGAUUACCGCAAGAGAUUCUAGAGGCUACCUAUGGUCUUUCCAUUCGAACCAGAGGAUUUGAAGAGGGUGGAGAUGGGGAAGUUAAAGCAGAAGAUUUCAUGAUAGCCUAUGCAAUUUCUCGAGGCUUCAUGCGAUCUGGGCAAGGAAAUCCUGACGAGGCCAGAGCGGCACGCUACAUCCUAAAGGAUUAUGUCAACGGAAAGCUGUUGUUCUGUCAUCCUCCACCAGAUCAGGACGAUAAUGUCUUCAAUGCCAAGACUCACGAACAGUCCCUUCAACGCGCCCAGGGUAAAAAGCGAGCUCCAGUCACCAGAGUUGGCAAGAAUGCCGAUACCUAUGUUGCCCCCACAAUUUCGGCGGUAUUGCCUGCACAAGGACACGGGCAAAAGUCACAGGUCAUCGACCACGAUUUUUUCGCCCCUGAUGCUCCGCUAUCCUCUCGACCAUUCGUGCAGGGCACUGCGCGGCAUGGUAGCCAGUUCUCGAGAACGACUGCAUAUCCCCACCAAAACAUUGUUGGCAACGACGGCAAAUCAUUGAACGCCCGUCAAUCGAAAGCCAAUGCGCUCCUUGGAAGUGCUGCGACAGGGAAGAAGCAUCACAAAAAAGCGACGAGGGUGAAGCAGAGGAGCGGGAAAGGAUACGACUAGAUUUUGAUGUUGUAGGACU